GACGCGCAUCUUCACCGGCCGUCCCUACCGAGUAGGGUCUGUGCGGACCCUGAGUCAGGCAGCCGCCCGGGACGGAGGGCGGGGUAUCUUCUUCUGGGCUCAUCCGCUGUCAGCCGUGGGAACGCUAACUUUAUCCCGAGGGAUCGGUGGGGGCGGGGGUGGGCGAAGUUCUCCUCCCCGGGAGCUCACCUCCCCCUCCGGGGCUGCCCUUCCCCCGCCUCCCAUGGCACCGCUCUCAGAGCAUCCUCUCUCCGCCCAGUUCGGUGCCAGCUGCGUGGGCUCUAGCUUCGUGCGUUUUCCUUGGAAUGCUCCAAAACUCGGCAGCGACUAAGGAAAUCCCAUUGGAAUUUGCCUGGCGUGCUCUCACCGGGCAUAGCACCCGCGCCGCAUGUCCUUGGAUCGAUCUCUCUUCAGCCAGAAGAUUGCCAACUUUGCAGAGACAAGGAAAUAGCAUGGCAUGAAACAUGGCCCAGUUCUAUUACAAAAGGAAUGUGAAUGCCCCCUACAGAGAUCGCAUCCCUCUAAGGAUAGUCCGAGCGGAAUCGGAACUCUCACCAUCAGAAAAAGCCUACUUAAAUGCUGUGGAAAAGGGAGAUUAUGCAAGUGUCAAGAAAUCCCUGGAGGAAGCUGAAAUUUAUUUUAAAAUCAAUAUUAAUUGCAUUGAUCCUCUUGGAAGAACUGCUCUCCUCAUUGCAAUUGAAAAUGAGAACUUGGAGCUCAUUGAACUACUUUUAAGCUUUAACGUCUAUGUUGGAGAUGCUCUAUUACACGCCAUCAGGAAGGAAGUCGUCGGAGCUGUGGAGCUGUUACUGAACCACAAAAAGCCCAGUGGAGAAAAACAGGUGCCUCCCAUACUCCUUGAUAAGCAGUUCUCUGAAUUCACUCCAGACAUUACACCAAUCAUUUUGGCAGCGCAUACAAAUAAUUAUGAGAUAAUCAAGCUUCUAGUUCAGAAAGGAGUCUCGGUGCCCAGACCCCACGAGGUCCGCUGUAACUGUGUGGAAUGCGUCUCCAGCUCAGACGUGGACAGCCUCCGGCACUCACGCUCCAGACUUAACAUCUACAAGGCCUUGGCCAGCCCCUCUCUCAUCGCACUGUCCAGUGAAGACCCUUUCCUCACAGCCUUUCAGCUAAGUUGGGAGCUGCAGGAGCUGAGUAAAGUGGAAAAUGAGUUCAAGUCGGAGUACGAGGAGCUGUCCCGACAGUGCAAACAGUUUGCUAAGGACCUACUGGAUCAGACAAGGAGUUCCAGAGAACUGGAAAUCAUUCUUAAUUACAGAGAUGACAGUAGUCUCAUAGAGGAACAGAGCGGAAAUGAUCUCGCGAGACUCAAACUGGCCAUAAAGUAUCGUCAAAAGGAGUUUGUCGCUCAGCCCAAUUGCCAACAACUGCUUGCAUCUCGCUGGUACGAUGAGUUCCCAGGCUGGAGGAGACGCCACUGGGCAGUGAAGAUGGUGACGUGUUUCAUAAUAGGACUUCUUUUUCCCGUCUUCUCUGUGUGCUACCUUAUAGCUCCUAAAAGCCCACUGGGACUGUUCAUCAGAAAGCCAUUUAUCAAGUUCAUCUGCCAUACAGCGUCCUAUUUGACUUUUUUGUUCCUGCUGCUGCUUGCCUCUCAGCACAUCGACAGGUCAGACUUGAACAGGCAAGGUCCACCACCAACCAUCGUCGAGUGGAUGAUAUUACCGUGGGUCCUGGGUUUUAUAUGGGGAGAAAUUAAACAAAUGUGGGAUGGUGGACUUCAAGAUUACAUCCAUGAUUGGUGGAAUCUAAUGGAUUUUGUGAUGAAUUCCCUAUAUUUGGCAACAAUCUCUUUGAAAAUUGUUGCAUUUGUAAAGUACAGUGCACUUAAUCCACGAGAAUCUUGGGACAUGUGGCAUCCCACUCUGGUGGCUGAAGCUUUAUUUGCCAUCGCAAACAUCUUCAGUUCCUUGCGCCUGAUCUCGCUGUUUACCGCAAAUUCUCACCUGGGGCCUCUGCAAAUAUCUCUGGGAAGAAUGCUCCUGGACAUUUUGAAGUUUCUAUUCAUAUACUGCCUUGUGUUGCUAGCAUUUGCAAAUGGCCUAAAUCAGUUGUAUUUCUAUUAUGAAGAAACAAAAGGGUUAAGCUGUAAAGGCAUACGCUGUGAAAAGCAGAAUAAUGCAUUUUCAACGUUAUUUGAGACACUCCAGUCCCUGUUUUGGUCGAUAUUUGGACUGAUCAAUUUAUAUGUGACCAAUGUCAAAGCACAGCACGAAUUCACUGAGUUUGUUGGCGCCACCAUGUUUGGGACAUACAAUGUCAUCUCUCUGGUUGUCCUACUCAACAUGUUAAUAGCUAUGAUGAAUAACUCUUACCAACUCAUUGCUGACCAUGCAGAUAUAGAAUGGAAAUUCGCUCGAACAAAGCUUUGGAUGAGUUAUUUCGAAGAAGGAGGGACUCUGCCUACUCCCUUCAAUGUCAUCCCAAGCCCCAAGUCUCUCUGGUACCUGAUCAAAUGGAUAUGGACGCACCUGUGCAAGAAAAAGAUGAGAAGAAAGCCUGAAAGUUUUGGAACAAUAGGGAGGCGAGCUGCUGAUAAUUUGAGAAGACAUCACCAAUAUCAAGAGGUCAUGAGGAACCUAGUAAAACGAUACGUUGCCGCAAUGAUCAGAGACGCCAAAACUGAAGAAGGUUUGACCGAAGAGAACUUUAAGGAACUAAAGCAAGACAUUUCCAGUUUCCGCUUUGAAGUGCUGGGGUUGCUACGAGGAAGCAAACUCUCGACAGAGCAGGCGGCUCAGGCCUCGAAGGAGUCCUCCAAUUCAGCCGACUCGGAUGAAAAGAGUGACAACGAAGGCAGUAGCAAGGACAGGCGAAAGAACUUCAGUCUCUUCGAUUUAACCACGCUCAUUCACCCCCGAUCAGCCGCCAUAGCCUCCGAGAGACACAACAUAAGCAACGGCUCGGCCCUGGUGGUGCAGGAGCCCCCGAGGGAGAAGCAGAGAAAAGUGAAUUUUGUGACCGAUAUCAAAAACUUCGGGUUAUUUCACAGACGAUCAAAACAAAAUGCUGCUGAGCACAAUGCAAACCAAAUCUUCUCUGUUUCAGAAGAAGUUACUCGUCAACAGGCCGAGAGACCACUGGAGAGAAAUAUUCAACUGGAAUCUCGAGGAUUAGCGUCGCGGGGUGACUUGAACAUCCCCGGGCUCAGUGAACAGUGUAUAUUAGUGGACCACCGAGAAAGGAACACGGACACCCUGGGUUUGCAGGUGGGCAAGAGAGUGUGUUCCUUCACGUCGGAGAAGGUGGUGGUGGAGGACACUGUGCCAAUCAUACCAAAGGAGAAGCACGCAAAGGAAGAGGACCCUAGUAUAGACUAUGAGGCCAACCUCACAGACACAGUCACCCACGAGGAUUACGUCACCACGAGAUUGUGAUACUUGAAGGAGGAAGCGUUGACCAUGCGUAUACAUAUUUUCCAUAGUACCCUGGGGAGGGGGAACAUUAGCAAACGCUAACUUACACUUUCUAGCAUUUAUCAACUGUGGCAUUUCAAUUAACGCGUAACAUGUUUAAGGCAAAGGCUAUCAAAAACCCUGGUUUUGUAACCAGCUUUUGCUUUCACGAUUUGUUUUACCUUUUUUUGGGGGGGAGGUUUAUAAAUAAAUGCACCGUGUAUUCUUGUACUGUUGCAAUAAUCCACAGGAAAUUUUUAGCUUUUUUUUUUUCAACUAAAACAAAUCCAACUUAUUUCAUGUGGUAGUUGACUCCUAUGAUAGACAUUUUUAUGUGCCAAAAACAAUGUAGCUGAAAUAGUAGAGCUUUUCAUAACUUUUUAGGGUCUUUAGAGAUGGUUACUCAUCAAGGACUUUUCAGUCAGCCCUACGGUUUGGCUUUAAUACACAAAUAUUACCAAAUUAUUUCUUAACAUGUAAAUAAUUACAGCACAAAUUAAAGCAAGCAAGCCUUCUUCUCAUGGAGUCAUGAUCAAACUCCCUCUUAAAGCGGAAGUCAGGUGUAUUUUGGAGUUUUAGGUUGCCCAAUUUUUCCCUUUAGUAAAUAAAAUAAAUGUUUGUCUUAAUAAAUAUUGAUGAUUGAUGAUUUAUAAUGAGAUUUUUGUCAUGACCGAAGUUUUAUUUCAAGUUUUUUUUUUUAAUGACCUUUUUCUGGUUGAAUUGCUAGUCAGUGUAAAUACCAGACUUUAUGAAUAACAGAAUUUCAAAAUGUGGCAAAAGUUCUCAGUGCUAGAAAAGAAUAACAAUAGAUUAGAAUAGUUAAUGCACCUUAAACAAAGCAAGAUGAUUGCAUUUUCAUAAAACCAGACGAAAAUAAAUUCAUUCUAAACUUUAAAUCUAAGCAAAGUUAAAUUCUAUAUUCAACCAGUGUGACAUUGUUGCUAAUUCAAAAGUACAAAAACCUAAUGGUUUCCUCAUCUUUCCCCCUGUGACUGGUAUAUGUUUCUUUAAAAUUAAAAUCACCCAAAAUCAUUACUAAUUUUAGCAGUAGAUAUAGAUAUAAAGCUUUCCCCAGAGGGACAACAUUCUUAAUUACUUGUUUCUUCUGUUGUUUUCAAGGUAAUCUAGCUUAUAUUACACCCAUUCACAAAACCACUAAAAAGAAAAAUGUUUUUACCUGAUAUGAAAAGGUACUGGCAACUUCGUAAAGUUUAAAUUACAUAACUUGUGGCUAUUUAAGCCACCAUGGAAAUAGGAGUUCCUUCACCACAUACAAUUAGCAUGUAUUUCAAAUAAAUAGAAAAUGCUGAGUUCGUUUUACCUCAGAAAUUACCUCCAUGGAUUAGACAAAUUGUACGUGAUUUAGCAUUGACCCAAAAUUGCAUAGUUUCUGAUUACCAUACAUGGAAAAUAAGGAAUAAUAGCAACAGUGCCAGCCACUGUCCUAUGUGCAAUGUGAGUUUCAACACAUAUGUACUACUCACAACAAUCCUCUGAAGGAGCUACUGUUCUUAUCCCCACUUUACAGAUGAAGAAGCUGAGGCAAGCACUAAUUAGGCAAAGGCUCACAGCUAACAGAGCUAUGAUGGGUCCUCCAGGGCCAUGCCUUUACCUCCUACGUGUACUGCCUUUCAACAUAAACAGACUGAGCGAAACAUGGGCAAUACAGGUGUUACUGUUGCUACUUUUGAAAUGGUGUAUUUUGAGAGAGAAUGAGUGGCAAACUCCUUAAUCUUGAGUUCCCUCUUGUAAAGCAAGAGGGGUGCACAAAAUUAAAGAUACAUGUGAUUCUUUAGACUCAAUUAUAUAACAGAGGUUAGUAGAUUUAAAAAACAAAACAAACAUAUUUGGUAUAGGACAUAAGACUCAACUGGAAAUACUAGAUUUUUGUUUUCAAGUAAGCCACAAUCCAGAGGCACUGAGAUAACUGCUCUUUCCUAAAUCUGGUUUCGUCCUCCGGAUACAGGAUGCGCCUGAUAGGUUUGGGGAGAAGCACAAUAGGGCUAAUGCAUGUUCUUACUGCCUCAAGCACACCUUUAUCUCAAGUAUGUUAGGACUCACAAUCAGCCCUGCGGAGAGCAAAGCACCCAAACUCUUCUAAGUCACAUGGACAUUCGGUAGUAGGGGAACAUAGAUUUAUUCUCAAUACUCGGGGUGUUUUCCAAUGAUUCCAUUUUGCUGCUUCUGUUAUCAAUAUUGUUAUCUCCAAAGUGAAAAUUAUAUACAUCAUCAUUAUACAUACUUCAUCAGAAUUUAAUUUCAAAUGUCUUCUCUUCCUUCAAAUAACACCACCAACAAUAAAAGCAACAACAACAAAAUAUGUUCCCAGGAAUUUAUUUCUGUGGGGGGUUAGGGUGCUGAUAUUUUUACAGGGAAACAUGGUGAUAACAGAGGGAUUUACUUGGAGCCGGUAACCCCCUGCUUCUCAUGUUCUGAAAAUGAUGGUUUUUAACAACCCUCAGAUGUCACUGACAGAUGCAUUUAUGAGUUUAAACAAAAUAUUGGACAUUAUUAGUACAAUAUGUCCUAGGAUUGAACAUUAUUCUGACUAUGUGGUGAAAUUAAAUAGCACUAAUGAAGAUGAACAGUAGUGAAAGAAUAAGAAAACAUAAAACAGCAGGAUUGCAAUAGAAGGAUGAUAUUUUUUGAAGUCUUUAAAUGAGUAAUUUGUGGUUU